UGGCAUUUUAUCCUGCGGGCUCGACAUUAGGAUAUAUAAAGCGGUCUGGAGACACUGUUGCAAUUAUUCAUUAGUUUAUACACACGUAUGGACAAAAUGGGUGUUCUUAACAUAAUUGUUAUGUGUAUUAUAUGGCAAAUAAACAGCGUCGGGGCACAAGAGAUACGGCCCCAAAAAGCUGGCAAUUUGAAGGCAGUAGAAAACUGGGUACUGUAUAUAAAACUCGGCAAUGACGAGGUGUGCGCAGGUGUACAACUUUCUGACGAUUGGGUUCUUACCCUUGCUGACUGCAUUGAUAAAAAAAUCAAGCUUACAAAAUACAGCAUUGUACACAAGGAUGGUUCUAGAAAGGUCAUAGCCGAAGACCGGGACUCCUUUGGAAAGUUAUUUAUUCUUCUGAAGAUGACCGAUGAUAAAGAAGCAACAAAAACAAAGUUCGCACAACUUGCUGACUCCAUGUCACCCUCUUCAGAGUACAAGUUUAGUCUGUACAAUCGGGACAAUUCUGAUAAACUUCUUGCAAAUGAAGUCGAUUUUGUCAGAGGCUCUCAAUGUGAGAAGGAAGAAAUUGAUGGUAAUUUUGGUGAGACACAUAAAUGUGUUCAAGGCAACAUGAAUAAAAAAGCUAGAUGUCUACCAGGAAGUCCAGUGUUUGGCUCCAAGAAAAAACAAAUAAUUCUGCAAGGACUUGCAGUCACAUCAACUGAUUCUUGCUCUUCACAGCUUCAAUCUAUUGCAGUCAUAAAACCGCAAAUCAACUGGAUCAACUCGGUUAUUAAUGAUUGUGGUCCUAUUAAAACUUUUCGGAAUGGCAAGGUGAAGCUGAACAAAAAAUCUUCGACGGCAAUAGGAGCCACGGCGUCUAUCAUGUGUGAUCCUGGGUAUGAGGCAACCCAAAAGAAAAUCUCUUGCAAAGAAAACGGGAAAUGGGAAAAAUCCAGUUGCGAAUUAAAAGAUUGCGGUUCUGUUGAAAAUAUCAAAAAUGGGAAAUUAAACUUAGACGAUGCAACCAAGUCGACAAUGGGGGCAACAGCCACAGUUGUAUGUGACCCUGGCUAUAAGGCAAACCAGGACAAAAUAAAGUGCCUGAAAUCUGGAAAAUGGGGAAAAUCAAGUUGCGAAAUAAAAGAUUGCGGACCAGUUGAGAACGUUCGUAAAGGAAAAGUAAUCCUUGAUAAUAAUACGGAAUCGACGGUUGGAGCAAAAGCAACUUUGGAAUGUUUUCCAGGGUAUAAGCCAAAUCAAAAGAAAAUAGUUUGCUUGAAUACAGGAAAAUGGGAGGAAUCAAGGUGCAAAAUCAAAGACUGUGGGACCCCAGCAAGUGUGAUCAAUGGAAAUUUGAACUUUACCUCAACAAAAUUUGGAGCAACUGCUUCAGUUAUCUGUGAUGAAGGUUCUGUCUCAAACCAAAAAACGAUAAGCUGCCUGGACACUGGAAAUUGGGAAACACCAACAUGUACAAUAAUAGACUGUGGGUCUCCCGAAAAUGUGACAAAUGGGGCUUUGAACUUUACCACAACAACAUUUGGAUCAACAGCUGCUGUUGUCUGUGAUAAUGGAUACGCGGCAAACAAGACAAAUAUAAGUUGCCUUGAAACUGGCAGUUGGGAAACAACAGGCUGCAAAGACAUACGAUGUAAGGCAAACAACACGUGUGGAUUGUCUGCCGGAUCAUGUAGUACUCCAGGUCAAAAUUGUUAUAUAGAUGAUGUUGAACUGUAUAUACCGAACGUACUCGCAAGGGAAACUGAACUUUUUGAACAACCUAUUGCCUCAGAAGAAAUUUGCAGAGAAAUGUGUUAUAAUGCCACAUCGUAUCGCUGUGUUGCCUUCGCCUAUUACGGGCCUUCAAACCAAUGUAUGACAUACAGCAAAACUCCUGCUGAAGGAUUAAAAACGAGUUAUCAUAAUAUUUUGGGACUGAACAUUCUGACAUGUCUAGAUUGUUGAACCAUUUAAAACGAUCAGGCCUGAUUAAUACUUUUUAUCAAAGUAUUAGGACUAAAUCAUAUUGUCUGGCAUGUAUUUACUUUCAUUUUUAGACUUUUUGAAGUGCAAUUUGCGCCAUGAAAUUACAAACAAACAAAAUUCAAUAA